ACCAAUUUUUAUACUUAAGUCAUGGAAGAAGAGAUUGAGAGAGUUUAGUUUCAGCAACUUUCCAUCCAGGGGCCAACCGCUUGGCUAGCAAAUUCAAUAAGCCCUCGAUCAUCACAUUCAAGAAAUAAUCAUAUUUCUGUUUCUCUUCUAUAUAUUCCUCGUGAGUCAUCGAUGCGUAGCGGCAGAAUUGAAAUAGAAAGCGGAAACUUGAGUCCACUUGUAAUUUGUGUUGUUGAAUGGCACUCGCAAAAGUAUCAAACUCAUCAAUAUUUGUAUUUCAUUGUUAUUGAUACCUGUUGCAUGACACUGCAACAAACAACAGGCGUCAGGUUCUGCGAGCACUAAUCACUAGAUAGUCACUCGCCUUUGUCAGUAGAAGCCGAAUGGUCGGCGCGGUGUGGCUGAACGCAUUCGGGCUCGAUAGCACUCGGCUCUCGCACGGUAGUAACUCUUGUUCUGUAGUUGUUCUUUUCUGUGCGACGAGCGCGUCAAUCGGUCGAUCUCGUAAUCGCUCCGAGCAUCACGAGGAAGGUGAAGAAACGCAAAUUGUUCGCAUGGCGCAUCCGGGUUCGUGGUUUCGUGGCGUUCGAAGCAGCAAGUUUCGACACGUUUACGGCGUGCCAGCCAAGAGGGAGAAAUGUUAUGACAAUAUUAAGAUCACAAAAAACGCCCACGAUUCGCAAUUCUGCGCCGUAAAUCCCAAGUUCCUGGCCAUCGUGACGGAGGUUGCGGGCGGUGGAGCGUUCCUUGUGUUAUCAUUGGAUCGCACCGGGCGACUUGACUUCAAUGCCAGCCGAGUAACUGGACAUACUGGUCCCGUUUUGGACAUUAAAUGGAAUCCAUUCAAUGACAACAUCAUUGCGUCCUGUUCCGAUGAUUGCACUAUAAAGUUGUGGCAUAUACCUGAUGGCGGAUUGUCAAGGAAUUUGACCGAAUGGCUGGUGGAGUUGCAAGGACACAAACGACGUGUUGCUUAUAUCGAGUGGCACCCGGUAGCUGAGAAUGUGCUUUUUAGCGCCGGUUUUGAUCAUCUUGUUAUCGUGUGGGAUGUGAACAAAUGCGAGGCAGUUAGCGUCAUUGAUAGACAUCCUGAUGUGAUUUACAGCAUGUCUCUAAAUCGUGACGGCAGCUUAUUCGCGACCACUUGCAAGGACAAGAAAUUACGCGUUUUUGAACCAAGGUCCGGUAUCGUAGUUUCGGAAGGGGUAUGUCACGCUGGCACGAAAGCUAGCAAGGUAGUAUUUCUUGGCAGUUCCGGACGUCUUUUGACUACUGGAUUUAGCAGACAUUCGGAUCGACAAUAUGCGAUAUGGAGUCAACAUGACCUAACUGUCCCACUGACGUGUGAGACGAUAGAUUCAUCGAGUGGAGUGGUUUUUCCAUUUUACGAUAAUGAUACCAACAUGGUGUUUUUGGCUGGAAAGGGUGAUGGUAACAUUCGAUAUUAUGAAGUGGUUAAUGAAGCACCCUGGGUGCAUUAUCUCAGUCAAUUUAUAUCGGGAAAUCCUCAGAGAGGAUUGGGGAUAAUGCCGAAAAGAGGCAUUAAUACCUUUUUAUGCGAAGUAUUUAGAUUUUAUAAGUUACACGCGACUCGUGGAAUGUGUGAGCCGAUCUCGAUGAUAGUACCACGGAAGAGUGAUCAAUUUCAAGAAGAUCUAUAUCCUGAUACAAUUGGAACGUGUCCCGCAUUAUCAGCUAGAGACUGGACCAGCGGCAUGAACAGCCCACCAGUCUUAAUCUCUCUUAAAACAGGCGGGAGUAUCUCUACACAUAAGCCACGAGUAUAUAAACCACCGCAAUUGCCUGCGACCACUGAUCUGAAUAAUAAAAAGAAAUUUGCGUUUCUGUCUACGGAAACGAUACCGGAUUACAGACCGGUGGAAUUACACGAUAUGUCGGAAAAGAGCCAAAAAACAUCCAGCAAUCAAAGCACAAAGUUUCAGCAACUUCAGCAGAAGUUUGGAAAUGUCACUAUACAGAAGAAUAUUAUAUCGUCUUCGAUUAAUGACAAUAAAGUUAUGGAGACUGUGGAUGUUCCAAAUAAUGAAGCAGAACUUCGUUUGGCACUGGCUCGUCAAACUGACGAAUUGAGACUGGUACGACGGCAGCUCGCUAAUAGUCAACUGCGUGUUAAGGAAUUAGAGGACCAAAUACGAAAAUUGCAGCGUCAAUAAUAAAGUUUAUAAACUCGCUUCGACAUCUGCUUUGAAUAAGACUCUUACAGCUUUACUAUUACACGUGAUUAUCAAUGUCUCGCGCCAUGUUUAGCGCCGAGACACUAUCGUGUUCUCCAGAUCAAUACUUAAAGUUUUUAGAGUA